CAUAGUAGUAGUGUUUCUUCUGCUCAUAGCUGCUGGCACAGCUUCUGCCCAAAAUAGGAUAUGCCCAUUUGAAAUCAUGUACCGCUUUGGCGACGGAAUAUCCGAUAUAGGAAACGCCGUUAGGAUUCCACCGCUCGGGCCUCUUCUCCCACCCACACGUGACCCUUACGGCAUCACUUUCCCGGGCUUUCCUACUGGCCGGUGGUCCGAUGGCCGUCUCGAGGUCGACUACGUGGGUAACGCUGUUGGCCUGCCCAACAUCGUACCGUACUUGUCGAUCAAUGCUUCUACAAGCUACGACGGAGUCGUAUUUGCAGUAGCACGAAGCACAACUCUUAAUGCUUCAUUUCUUCAAUCAAGGGGAAUUGUUGUCCCACCUUAUAAUACUCCUCUUGACACUCAAUUAAAUUGGUUUAGAACAUUUCUCCAAUCAAAUUGCACUAGUCAAACAGAGUGUGCAAAGAGGCAAAUCUCCAAUUCUUCUAUAGUAAUCGAAUUCGGCGAGUUAAACGAGAUCGGCUACGCAUUAGUCCAAGGCAAAUCCAUCCAAGAAGUAACAAGCUACGUCCCACUCAUAGUCGAGGCCCAAAUCAACGCUGCAAGAGAGGUGAUCAAAAUGGGGGCAACGUUAGUACUAUACACCUCAGCCGCCCCUCUAGGCUGCUAUCCGUACAUUCUAACGGCCUUAGCCACUGACGACGUGUCAGCCUACGACGGUCAAGGGUGUUUGAAGGCUGUCAAUGACAUUGCCGUUAAGUUUAACACGAAACUCAUUUUAUCUAUACUUGCUCUAAACGCGGAAUUCCCCAAAGUCAGAAUAUUCCCAACUGAUUACUAUGCAACUAUGACGGCACAAAUCAAACUCAAAACCCCACUAAUAGGUUCGAGGCUUAGAAACCCCGCAUUGAGGUCUUGUUGCGGAGUCGGGGGAAGAUAUAACUAUGAUAGCAACAGGUUGUGUGGGAGCCCUAAUGUGCCUGCUUGCUCAAACCCUAAUAACUCCAUAUUUUGGGAUGGUUUGCACUUCACACAAGAAGUGUUUCGUAAUGUGGUAGCCAUACAAAUUUUUCCGGCGCUGUUGGUGCUAGGAUGCAGAAUAAUAUAACUAUAUGUGUGUGCUUGAAAUAUUAUAAGGUGUAAUGUCACUUAAAUAAAUUAAUAAAAUAAUAGUAGUGAUAUAUAUUAUAUUAUAUUA